AUGGUUUUAAGAUAUAAAAAAAUUUUAGAUCUUGGUACUUUUUCAAAUCUCUUAAAUCCAACACAAAAUGUAAAUAAUAACAGCAAUAGUAAGGCAAUAAAUAUUGAAAUAAAUAAUAAUAAUACAAAAUCUGAAGGGAUUUUAAAUGUUCCCCAAAAUUCACCAAAUAUAAAUCAUGGUAAUCCAUUUUCACUUUAUUCAAAAUUAGUAAACAACAGUAAUGAUAAUGUAAAUAAUAAUAAUAAUAAUAAUGGUUUAAAUUUAACACCACUUUCAAUAGCAACUGAAAUCAAAGUUAAAAAAUUACCAAGAGCCUCUUCAUCAAAAGUUAGUCUUUUGUUCUCUUCAUUAUCAAUUGAUUCAAAUCAACAGCACCAAGAGGAACAACAAGAGCAGGACAGAAAUAAGAAAUUACGUGUUAAAAAAAAUAUCAAAAGAACAAAAGCCACAGGAAGCACAGAGCUAAACUCACUUUUUAAUAAAUUUUCAAUCAAUUCUUUAAAUGAGCCCAGAAGUAUAGAUGAAGCUGAUAUUGAAAAUUUAAAUAAAAAUAAAAAGUUGAUAUUAUUUAAUAAUGAAAAUAAUAGCAACAAUAAUAUUAACAACAACAACAAUAGCAAUAAUAAUAAUAAUAAUAAUAAUAAUAAUAAUAAUAACAAUAAUAAUAAUUGUGAUGAUAAUAUUAGUUUAGGAAAUCAUCAAAAUAAACCAGAUAGAUCUAGUUCAAUUUAA